AAUGUGUAAAUCAUAAUUUCCGGUUGGAAAUAUUUUUCUGAUGCAAAGUUUAUUUCAAAUUUCUCGACACUGUCGACGUGUAGAUACAGUCGGUAAGCACCUUGUGAUGGCUGCCAACAAUGUGGUAACCAAUUCUAAAACAGAACCAACUGUUGGCAUGAUAAUAAUUGGAGAUGAGAUACUUAAGGGCCAAGUGAAAGACAGUAACUCCCAUUACCUUUGCAAGAGACUUUACAGACUUGGAGUAAGAGUGAAGAAGAUAUCUGUUGUAACUGAUGACCUAGAUGAAAUAGCCAAUGAGGUGAAAGAAUUUUCUGCCAAGUACACCCACGUCAUCACAUCUGGGGGUAUAGGACCUACACAUGAUGACCUCACAUUUGAAGGAGUUGCGAGAGCGUUUGAAGAGCCAACCUAUCACCAUCCAGAGCUUGUGAAAUUAUGUGGUAAAUUCUUCGGAACAACAGAUGUGACAUCACCCAAGUUAAAACUAGCAUUGGUGCCUAAAUCAGCCAAGACGAACUAUGGAAUAAACAAACAAACUGGAGAGCAGCUUAUUUACCCGCUUGUCUCAGUACGGAAUGUCUAUGUGUUCCCAGGCGUCCCACCUCUUUUAGAACGAGCAUUCGAUAGUCUUGAUGAGCUGUUUCUAAACCCUGGGACAAUAUUUCACACAAAAGUUGUAUACAUCGCCAAGGAUGAGGUGUCCAUUACACCAAUUCUGAACCAAGUCAACGAUAGAUUCAAGAAGGACGUCAUAUUAGGCUCGUAUCCUGACUUCUACAACAGCUAUUACAAAGUGAAACUGACUUUAGAGUCUCAGAAUAUGGAGAAACUAUCUGAAGCUAGGCAGUAUAUAGAAGACCAUAUUGGAAAAGAGCAGUUGGUUGAUUACGAUCCCCAUCCAUUAGAGGAUGCCUCUGAAAGGAUAUACAGAACAAUAGAAGGCUCUGGAACUGAUCCAUUAGACAUAAAGAUCAAAUCGGCAAUAAGAACUAUAGAAGAAUGCAUUGAAAAAUACAAGCUCUCUGAGGUCUGUGUAGGCUUCAAUGGAGGCAAGGACUGUACUGUGUUGCUACACCUUUGCUAUGCUGUUAUAAAGAAAAAAUAUCCUGAAUUUAACGACAAAAUACAAUCACUGUAUAUACGUAGAGGGCUACCAUUCCCUGAACUAGAACAAUUUAUAGAAAAAGGAGUAAAAACUUAUAAUUUGGACUCAAUAAGCUUACUUGGUAGAAUAAGAGACUCACUUGGUGAGCUGAAAACAUCCCACCCUCACAUAAAAGCUGUCCUUAUGGGUACCCGGGCAACUGACCCUUAUUCAGAGCAUUUAAAAAGCUUCAGUAUGACUGAUGCUGAUUGGCCACAGUUCAUGCGUGUUAGUCCUAUAUUAGACUGGUCAUAUAGCGAUGUUUGGACAUUCCUACGCAGAUUUAGUCUUCCGUACUGUAUACUUUAUGAUAGAGGAUAUACAUCUCUGGGGAGUAUGGAGAAUACACAUCCCAACCCUAAGCUGGCCUGGAGAGAUGAGAAGGGGAUAACACACUAUAAACCAGCAUAUCUACUAGAGGACUGGCACACUGAACGUGACGGCAGGAAUUAAUAAUGGACAUACGUGCAAUUAUUAGUAUUUAUUCUUAUCGAUAUAGAUGUAAAAGACAGUUGUACAUUCGACAUAGUAAAUCCAUGCAUUUUUAUCUCAUAGUAAAUAAACUAUGAACAUUUAUAAUGAUAGGAAUAUGGUAAUUUCAAUAUUGGUCGGAUUUUCCUAGACCAUAGUACCAUCUACUGUGAUCAAAAACUACAAUUGACUGUUCACUUCAUAUACCAUACAGGAUGAUGUAAUAGAGAGAAUCUUCAGACUUCUUUAUCUGUAAUAAGAAAUAUUCUUUUGAGGGAUCUCUAUGGGUCUAUUUCAAUGAAGGAAUCCGAUUUUAAUCUAACUUGAAACCAUGCAUUUACCUUCAAUACUCCAGUACAGAUGUUUCAUGCACUGAAUAGAUUCACUAAAGCUUGACUAUAGUAGGUUGGAAAGUUACAGAUUUUAAAGUUGGAAUGAUGAGGGUAAACAACUUGUUCUAGUAAAAUUCUAAUUUGAUAUUUGCUCAAAUAAAGUAUAUUGUUUCAAAUACGUAUACAAGUUGUAAACAAACAAAGACAUCUUAAAUAUAAAAUGUUUAUAUUUUAUAUGUAAUAUAUAUA